AGAACACAGACCAACAUGGCUGGAGAGGCUGCGGAAGAUCUUCAGUACAUUAACAAGUACAAAACCAAAAUUAUCAGGGCUGCAAACAAGUAUGGAGUGCAGCCUUCUAUCGUGGCUGGCAUCAUCUCCAGAGAGACCAGAGGAGGCAGAGGGGCAGGUCUCUCUAAUGGCUGGGGAGACCACGGGAACGCCUUUGGACUGAUGCAGGUAGACAAAAACUGGCACACACCUAGAGGGGAGUGGGACAGCCAGGAACAUCUUGAUCAAGGAACUGAGAUUCUAAUGGGCUGUUACAAUGAAGUUGCACGGAAAUUUCCCAAUAUGGCCGACAAGAUGAAAGGAGCGCUGGCAGCCUACAACAUGGGUACAGAAAGAAUGAACCCCAACAACGUGGAUGCUCACACUACUCAUGGCAAUUACUCCCGUGAUGUCACUGCCAGGGCCCAGUACUAUGCGAGGAAUGGGUAUUAACUCUGAGAACUCAUCCAUUUCUGACUUUCUGAUUGAUAUCUGUGUCACUUUAUAUGCUUUAUGAUUUUAUGAAUGGAAAUUUCUUAAAGUGAAUAAAUGCAUUUCUGCAGCAAAGUAAUAACAAUGUAUGAUUUAUUAGGUGUCAUUUGCAACGUAUAUCAGUGCAUCA